AUGAGCUCCAACAACUACAACGAAGUUCAAGACGAGCGCCCGACCACCACCCAGCUCCCAUCUCUUGCCUCUGUCGAAUUUUGGCAUUCUGGAAACCGUGAGGAUUGGAUGCAUGCUCUAUCGGCAGAAUGUCAGCGUCUACUUCAGAGAUCCGACGAAACAGCUUCAACCCAACAACAUCAGCCAAGAGGAUCCUCGGAGCUGCAAGCUUCCACCACACAGCUACUCGACUCAUCCAGCCAAACUGAAAUCUCGAUGACGGAGAACAAUGCUCUCGAGGCAGAAAUUAAUGAAUUAAAGCAAAAAGUGAGGAUGCUCACAGACGACGGACAAAACAAGGAAAAGCAGACAAAGGAGUUGGAGGGAGUUCUGAACGUUGCCACGACAAGUGCCAUGGAAGCUGCUCAGAAACUCCAAGUUCAUCAGCAGAAGCUCAAACAGGAGCACAAGGAAGCAGUGGAAACCUUGGUAGAAGCUCUAAGAGCCGAGAAAGAGAAACUCGAGAAGAUCUUGGAAGAUGCAAGAAAGAAGGACGACGAAAUCGAAGAGUUGAAGAAAAAAGUGAACUCUGAAAGUUCCAGAGCCACUUUAGCCGAUGAAGCUGUUCAGAAACUCCAAACUGAUAAAGAUAAGCUUGAGGAGGAGUACAUGAAUGAUAUGCGUGAUUUGAAAAAAGCUCUAAAAGACAACCAAGAAGGACUCGAGAAGAUCGCCAAAGAUGUCAAGAACAAAGAAGGCGAAAUCGAAGAGUUAAAGAAAAGUGUGAGCUCUGAAAUAGUCAAAGCCACGGAAGCAGCUCACGCCACUGAUCAGCUCCGAAAAAAACUCCAGAAACAACAGGAUGAGCACGAAAAAGUGAUUGCGAAUAUGGAAGAAAAUUUCGAAGCAGCAAAACUAGGAGCAGCAGCACAAGAAGAAGAAGAAAUUGAGAAGCUCGCGGGGGACGGAAGGAAAAAGGACGACAAAAUCAAGGAAUUGGAGAAUAAUGCUGAGGACUUCAGAGGGUUGAGCAGGAGCAUAAAAAAGAGAUUGAAGACUUGAAAGGAGCUCUAGCAGCAGAGAAAAGAAUUUCAGAAGCUGACAAAGUGGAAUUGAAGAAGCUCACCGAGGAACUGCAGAGUAUGCAUCUCAAAAACAAGGAACUGAAGAAUAAUGUGACCACUGAGAAUUCAAGGGCCACAGGAGCCGUUCAAGAGGCUCAGGUGCUCCAAGAAAAACUGCAACAAGCUUUGAAAGAGCUUGAGGGAAAGAAGAAAGAGCUUUUGGAACAAGAGAAUGCUCACAAGCUCCGCAUGGAUCAGUUUGAAGACGACACUAAGAAACGUCACAAAAAAGAAAUCAAGGCGCUGGAAGUGGAAGUGAAAAAACGAAACGCCACUAUUAAAGAACAUCAAGUUGCUGCUCAAGAGAGAAGAGCGAAACAUGAUGCGGAAGUCGAAGAGCUCGAACAAAAAUUGGCCACCGAAGAGGAGAAGUGCAGACGAAUCGUCCAAGAUAUCAGGGAAAAGCUCGAUGCCCAAUUUCCGCCGAUCUCCCGAUCUCCGAGUACUGAAUGCGUAUGGCCAGAAAUGAUAAUUGAUGAUGUCUUUUGGCAACAGCCAAGCAGCUCCACAUCCCACGUCUAUUCUUCGUUUGCCUUUUCUACUCCACGUUCCAGCUCCCAAAAUGCUCCAGUUCAAGAAGAAGCCACUUCGCACCAAUCCACCUCCUCCGAGCCUGCUUCUUCUGCUCCGAACUCUAAUUCUUCUCCAAAUUCCUCAGCUCGAAUUACCAGACGUCAUGCGCCACCUUCCACCUCCAGAGCAUCCAAAAGAAUUGCAGCAAAAAAUGCUCAGGAAGAGCCAACAAAGAAGCCAAAGUGA